AAACACAUUUAUAAGAAUGUUAGAACCUGGUUUUAUUUUUCACAUCGCUGACAUGGAUGGAAUUGACUACACGGACGAUUAUCUCCUGACUCGGUUCUUGUCCUUUGUGAAUAUCCGCUCUGGUACCUCGGAUUCUUUCGUUUCCCUGCCUCUUAGCAAGUGCGAGGUCUUUACAAAAGAUUCUCCCAGUGGAACGCCUACUAAAAAUAGAAAAGAUAUAGAGGAUGAUCAGGAAACAGUUUUAGACAUAACAGUGCCUCACAUACCCUAUGAUGACACUGGUAGGAGAACGUACGAAAAAAUCUGUCAGAAAUUGGGAGUGGUGCCUUCUUCUAAAAUACUGAAAAAGUUGGUGGAGUCCCCAAACAUCGACAUCAAGCACUAUGGACUGGGGCCAAAAGGGACCAUGGCAGUGUCGGUAGCCUUAGUGAUUAAUUCGACAGUGACUUCGUUAAACAUCAGUGGUAACAAUAUAGACAAGACGGGAAUCCUGUAUAUACAGAGAAUGAUGGAGGAAAACCUCACAAUAACAGAUCUAGACGUAUCUGACAAUCAUUUAAAAACAUUUGGCGCCAAAGCAAUAGGGAUGAUGUUACAGGAUAACAAAGGCAUAAAGCGACUUAACAUAUCAGGGAACGAAUUUACAGAUCUUGACGCACCUUUCAUAACCAAAGAAUUAGAGGCUCACCCAGCCCUGGAAUAUCUUAACAUCAGUCGGAACGAAUUUGGUGACAUUGCUGGACCUCACUUUGAACGAAUGCUGUCUGAAAAUAACAACAUGACAGAACUAAACAUCAGCUGGAAUCAGUUCAGAGUUCCGGGAGCCAAAUGCCUAGCCAGGGGAUUAAGGGACAAUAUGAAGCUGAAGCUAGUGAACGCCUCGUGGAAUGGUAUCGACGAUGAGGGAGCUAACGCAUUCUCUGACUGCUUGAGUAACAACGCAGUGUUAACGGAACUUGACAUCUCCUGCGCCCGCAUUGGAGAUAAAGGUUACGCCCAGGUCAUGAGGGCCUUUAAGAAAAACGAAGACUUAGAAGUCCUACGGAUUGGCAGAAACAACAUAAAGGAAGAAACAGUGAAGUUGUCACUAGAUCUUCUAAAAGAAAUACCGUCAUUAACAUUAGUUGUUCUUGAUUUAUCAGACGUAAUGUUGGGUUCUGCGGUAGUAAAAGAAUUAGAAUCUUUGAACGACAUUCAUCCGAGUUUGGAAGUGAUUCAUGGAUACACAGACUCGUACGGAAAGAGGAAAAUGGCUGGUUUUAUGGACAUGGGAGAAGAGGCGUUAUGGAUAAUUAAAGAAUUCAUUGAAGAAAAGGAAUUAACUGUGGCUAAGCUGUUUGCUGAGUUCGAUGAAGACGGAAGUAAUAGCGUGGAUUAUGACGAAUUCCGCCAAGGGAUCAAGCAAGCAAAAAUUCCACUCUCAUCAUAUCAGGUUGAUGCACUAAUCACAUUUAUAGACAUUGACGGAGAUGGGGAUAUAGAUUUUAGCGAAUUAGUUCUUAAAAUGAAAGAAAUAACAAAGAAACGUAAGGAAGAAGAGGAACAACGCCAGGCAGAGGCUCGGAAAAGGAGGUAGAUUCCGGAGGGGUUCCAGAUGACUUCCGUGUCAAAAGUGUACGUCAAUUCCGGUGAAUAUCAGAUGGUCUCACGGAGAAUAACGAUUUCCGGAACAUUUCUUGCCAAAGGAUCUUGUAGUCUUUCACUGUAUACAGUAUCGCUGUCUCCAACAGUCCGGAUAUAAAACUUUUUGUGUAUUUCUGUGAUUGUGAUAGGCCCCUAGUUACACUAAGGAAAUGUGUCAUAAAGGGGACAUUUCAACGUUCAAGACUGUACAAAAUUGAUUUCAAACUUUAGCAUCACCGUGCGAGUUAUUCAUAUAUAUAUAUUUUUUUAAAAUCUACAAUAUUUGCUUUUACUGUUUGCAAUUAAGCCUACAUUCCAAGUAAAAACUGAUAUCAGUUGGGACCCUUUAUGAAGUAUAUUUCAGAUACUCGUAAUGGCAGAUUAUUACUUUACUAUAAACCUAGAUGUAAUCAUAGGCUUUUCAAAUCCCCACGUUUACUGAAUAAAA